AUGGUUGAUAAUGCGCUGGCAGAACAUCUCACUGGCUCCGAACUUGGAGAGGUAGUUUUUGUUGGGAUGAAGCGUGGUUGGCUGUCCGCAACUUGGAGCAAAUUACCAGGCCCACCUAGCAGCGCAAUCUCCCAAAAUUCGCUCAUAACAUCCACGUUGUUGCCACGUCAAGCCGGCGCCGAGUCCUGGAGCCAUGACAACGAAGAAGACGACGACGACGCGACGAACAACAAUGACGAUGAUGAUGGUAAAGAAGAAAACAAGGCAACAAAAACAAAAGUCGCCGUGCUCGGAUCCAAGGCUUGUCCACUACUCAGGUACAGAUGCGCAAUAUUGACGGGCGUCAGCGGAAGAUUUGAGAUGCAGGUGGACGGGAAGUCGGCAGAUGUAGACCAGACAGUUGCCGCGGAGGGAUUUGCGACAGGUGGAGAAGCACAGUGGCGGUGCAGUACCAAUAACUAUGUACUCGCAUGCGAAUGCAUUUUGCUGGCGCAGAUCCAUGGAGGCAAUGGAAGCUAUAAGGGACGCCGUUGCGGGCAUUGUGCUCCACAGAUCGUAUUGCCAGCGCCAGAUGGGACAGUGGAUCGUGAGAAAUGA